AUGCAGCCGUUUGGGGAUGUCGGCGCCGCCUUCGUGCUGCCAUCCCGAGGCCUCGUUGUUGCCUUAGCACCCCCAGGAUCAGCAGCAGCAGCAGCAGCAGGAGAAGCAGCAGCAGGAGCAGCAGCAGCAGCAGCAGCAGGAGCUGCAUCAGCAACAGCAGCAGCAGCAGGGCUGCUACUCGUCGACCCCACAGAGCCGCAAACAGCACAGCAGCAGAUACUUGAGGCGCUGAAUCUAGGCUAUAAAGAUAAGCAACGGCCCCCAAGCAGAGGCGCUGCUUCCUUCUUCUCUCGCGGAGCUGAAGACGGAGGCAGAAGCCCUCCAGAGCAUUGA